AUGCCACCCAACAUUCCUGGCACACUUACAGCACAGUCAUUGCGCAGCAAGGAUCCGCUGUGGAGGACAGCUGACCAAAAGGCGCAAAAAGAAGGUCCUCAUCACACAGUAUACUGGACUACUGGAGAACGGUACCAAGGCGCUUGGAAGGACAAUAAGAAGCAUGGGAAGGGCACGGUGAUAUACAAAAACAGCGAUAAGUACGAAGGCGACUGGGCGGAUGACAUGCGCCACGGGCUGGGGACGCUGUGGCUGUUCCGGGAUGGCAAAUACAUCGUGCGCUACAACGGCGAGUGGCGACAUGAUCAACCCAACGGUCAUGGCACCUACUUUGCGGACAAUGGCGAUACUUACGAGGGCGAAUGGCACAACGGCAAGCGUCACGGGAAAGGGCGGGCAGUGUACGGCGGGCGACCAGUGGACGGUUUCGGAGGAGAUGUGUACGAGGGCUACUUUGAAGAUGACGUCAAGAGCGGGCCCGGCACCCUGAUGUACGCCAACGGAGACGUGUACGAGGGCUUGUGGGCCAAUGACAAAAAGAACGGCACUGGGACGUACUUUUACAUGAGUAAAGGAAAGAGGUUUGACGGCGUGUGGGCUGACGGCUGCAUCAAGUGCGGCACCUACAGCGAGAUCCACACGCCCCCCCCGGGUACUCCGGGCGCACUGCCGCCCGUGGAGCUCAGGAACCCGGAUAAGGUGCUGGCGGAGGCGACCAUGGAAGCCGCGGCGCAAGUGGCGGCGAACCGAUAG